AUGAAGGAAAACGCUGUACUUAAGUGGCAAAAAAGUGAUUUGAUGAUAGUUUUCGGCGGCGGAAACGAAGGGAUAGUUCAUGAGCUUCACGUAUUCAAUACUACAACAAACCAAUGGUUCGUGCCUGUUACCAAAGGUGAGGUCCCUCCGGGAUGCGCUGCCUAUGGUUUCGUCGUGGACGGAACACGUCUUCUGGUUUUUGGCGGCAUGGUGGAGUAUGGCAAGUAUUCUAACGACCUUUAUGAACUACAGGCCUCCAGAUGGGAAUGGAAGCAUUUGAAGCCACUUCCACCAAAGCAGGGACUGCCUCCUUGCCCGCGUUUGGGACAUAGCUUUACUCUUCUUAACGGUAAAGUGUAUUUGUUUGGUGGACUGGCUAAUAAGAGUGAUGACCCAAAGAACAAUAUUCCGAGCUACCUUAAUGAUUUAUAUACAUUGGAACUGUAUCCAAAUUCGUCAAUGACUGUAUGGGACAUACCAUUAACAUAUGGUCAAUCGCCGCCCCCACGCGAAUCUCACAGUGGUGUGGCUUAUACAGAUAAAAAUACUGGGAAAUCAUCACUGAUAAUCUAUGGGGGAAUGAGUGGUUCCCGACUAGGAGAUCUCUGGAUCCUUGAUAUAGAUAGUAUGUCAUGGACUCGACCUGAAUUAGGAGGUAUAUCACCACUACCACGUUCCUUACACACAGCUACUGUAAUUGGACACCACAUGUAUGUGUAUGGUGGUUGGGUACCACUUGUCCCUGAUGAAUCUAAAUUAGCAACUCACGAAAAGGAAUGGAAGUGUACUAACACCCUUGCAUCACUUAACUUGGAGACUAUGACAUGGGAUGAUAUAUCUCUGGACAACUUUGUAGAAAGUGUCCCUAGAGCUCGCGCUGGCCAUAGUGCAGUAGCUAUACAAACUAGACUAUAUAUUUGGUCAGGUCGUGAUGGUUAUAGGAAAACAUGGAAUAACCAGAUUUGCUGCAAGGAUUUGUGGUACUUAGAAGUAGGAGUUCCACCACAAGCAGGACGUGUUGCUCUUGUAAGAGCUGGCACUACUUCUUUAGAGUUGUGUUGGCCAGCUAUGAAUACAGUUACAACUUAUCUACUGCAAGUCCAAAAAUGUGGUAAAGUGACCCCUGCUAGGUUCCCAUCUGCAUCUGAGCCUGUAACAGCACCACCACCUGCAUCUCCUGUGGCAUCUCAACCAGACGCAGCAAAGGCCUUUGGAUUGACAUCCCCAAUUGCAACAUUACCUACACCUGAGAUACCUACCCGAUCAACAAUUGCUGCUGCAACUCCUGCACAUACUACACCUCAAAAAAUAGUAUCUGGAUCCAUUAAAGUACCAGGACAAUCUGCUGGUGUAAAGAUAGCUCCAAGCCCUCCAACAAUAAAACAGUCAUAUCCUGGGAAAACAAUUGCCAAGUCACCUGCUCCUGGAUCAUCGCAACAAAUUAAAGUGGCAGCAAUUACACCACAAGGUGUUACAAGAAUUGUGAGUGGAGUAGGCACUCCUGGCACAGUACGUGUUUCAACCCCUCAGUCUAAUACACAGAUUGUUCUCAGUUCUCCUGUUGGAUCUAGCACACCACGUUUCGUACAAGUUAAGACUGGUACAUCUGCAGGAGUCCCUGUAAAACUUGGUGCGGGUAAUACUGUAAAAUUGGCCAGUAACACACUAAAGAUUGGCACUGCAAAUCUCCAGGGUAAGAUAGCAAAUAGUGUUCAAAAAGUUGCUUCAAAUGUUCCAUUAAAGUUAAGUGCUGGCAAUGUUAAACUUGGUACAAGCAAUGUAUUGGUUAAAUCUGCAGGAGGAGUCCCUAUGCAAAGUGGCAUGCAAACAAAAAUAACUGGAGGUGUCCCUGUUAAACUAGGUUCUGGCAAUUUACCUGUUAUUGGCAGUGCUGGCGGAACUAUACAGAUAGCUAGUGGUGCUCUGACGGGACAAGGGGGCAAAGCUCCUGUGUAUAAAAUAGUGACUGCAAAAUCUGGUGAACAAAGCACAGUAGUAACAUCUGUGGCAGGCAGUUUGAGUGCUACCGGUGCGACAGUUCUACGACAAGCUGGUGGCAAUGCAGGUAUACCUGUUAUUAUAAAGAAGACACCAGGUGCCCAUGCACAAACAAGUUCUGCUCCACAAUAUGUUACAUUAGUCAAGACCUCAACUGGCAUGACCGUUGCAACUGUGCCUAAAAUGGCAAUGAUGCAAAAUAGACCUGUAGUAUCUAGUGGGGCACAGGGUCAGGGAAUUUCUCCGGGAGCAACAAUUGUUAAAUUAGUAUCGGCAAAUACUGUAGGAGGUAAUAAGAUAAUCACUUUACCAUCAAAUGUUCUCCAACUGGGUAAAUCAGGAGUUGGUAACAAGCAAACAAUAGUAAUCACAAAGUCUGCUAACCAAUCACAGCAUGGGCAACAGCAGUGA